AGUAUGCUAACACCAUAUGAAUAAUUCUUAUGUAGUUUUACUAUAUUUUGCAAAGGAGUUUAGUCAAUAACGCCAUUUUUCGGUGUGUGUCCAGGUAUUGAACAACAUUUUCAAAUCAUGGCAAAGGUAACGGACAAAGAAUCGCUGUUUUCUCUGGAAUUAGUGGUUGAAAAACUUUACAUCCCUCAUGUGGCCUGCAGAUUCCCAGCUGUUGCAUUCAGGCUCUUGGACUUUCCAACGAUUCUCGUAGAUCAUGUUGAGAAAGAACUUGGAGAUCAGAUAAGACGCAAAAUAUCCACUGAUCCCUACUACAAUGUACCUGAACAAUUUAGUGAAUUGAAAGACAAACAUGGCAAUUUCAUGAUGAAAAAAGGUAAAUCAUGCUUGUUCAAAAUAGCUGUGUCAAGUCUGAAGACGCACCUGAGCAACACGCCUCUGUAUGUAAUGGUCAUUGACAACUUCCCUAAAGUGUCAAAAUUGCUUGGAAAUUGUACAGUCCCCUUGGAUGAAGUUAUGGACUUGAUCCUCAAUGAUAUUAAAACACUUGGACCUACAGUUCCAUCCGUACAUGGUGACAAAGGAUUGUACAAAAUCUACAGUUUGAUGGGAAAAGAAAUAGGCUAUAUCAUUCUAGGAUAUCGUCUGUUGUGUUUGGGCCCAGGACUUAUUCCACACAUACCAGAAUCUGCAAUUGCGAAGCGGAUGUCAACAGAAGUUGACCAGGUGUACAGACAAAAUAUUCCUCAACAGAGGGAUGUAGGUAGCCCUUCAAAAAGGGAUGUUGGUGGUUAUUCUAGAAGGGAUGAGGAUCCUCUGAUGACAACACAGGAAAUGGGAUCAAUGACAGAUCCAGAAAAGCAUGAUGUUGUACUGCAGACUGUAAACAUGUGUGACAAAGAAAUCCAUGUGGCCAUUUCGGAACCAGAGGUAAAACCCAAACCAAUUGAAGGCAAAGGAAUUAUAGUCAAAGAUCUGCAUACAAUAGCUACUCAAACUUUCAAAAGAUCUAAACCAAAGCCAGUUUCAGAAUUGAAUGGGCUUGGCAUUAAGAAUGCAGAUGAUGAUGAAGAUGAUGUCAUCGUCACAAAUAUUGCCCAACCCCCUCCUCUGUUUUAUAACAGUGAAAUUGAGCCUGCCAAAAAAACUGAACGAGUGUACGCUUAUAAUGACGAUGAACCCAGUGAUGAAUUUCUAUCAGAAGAUGAGGCUGAAUCAAUGGCAGCAAAGCAUAAGUUAGAAAGGAUGAAAAAAGAAGAAGAAGCAAAACGUAAACGACAGGAUUAUUUACGAAAUCAGCAAUCUCAAGCUGCUAAAGUUACUUUCAUGAAUCAUCAACAAUCACCUCCACAAAUUAAGGAAACUGGAAUGGGAGACCAGGCCUUAUUUCCAUUGUUAACAGCUUUGAUGCAAGAAAUAUCAAAUAUUCAGAAUCCACAGCUUAUCCAACAGACUGUGCAGCAAGUCAAGUCUGUGUCAAGAACCCAUCAACAGCAACAACAUGUGCCACAGUCAGGUCGAAGUACACAGCAACAAAAGCAGAUAGCUCCACAACAAAUAGAAAAAGAAAAUCAAAGUAUUGAACAGGCGGGUCCUUAUGGAAAGCAGAGGGGACGGAAAAGUCAUAAAACAUGUGCACACCCUCAUGAUGCUAUUCCAGGUCAGAAAAGUUGGAUCAGACAAGCUCCACAAUUGGGUGUGAAGAAAUCAAAGUUAACAUAUGGUUUGACAAACACACAGAGGUUGAGGCUAGCAAAAGUCAAUCCUGAUUGGGCAAAAAGUGUAGAUAAAGAAGAAACAGAUUUCAAGGCACAAAAGCAAAAAUUAAAGAAGAGUAUCAAAGAGGAUCAGGAAUUUGACACUGGGAAUUUAUCUGAUACACUUACAGAGGUGAGGCGUUUGGCAGAGAAGAAUCUUCAAGAUACCCUGGCCGAAGAUUCAUUGUUAUAUGGGACAAUGAACUCAACAUCAAAGUCCAAUAGAAGGAGAAUUUCUCCACCAAGACGAAAACAAAAACAGUCAAGAAAGCGCAGCAAGUCACCUAGGAGUACAAAACAAACAUCAGGAAAAUCCUCAGGAGACUUACAGGAGUCAAAAAGUAUUGGACAGAAAAGUGCUGAGGAGAACCUUUCUGACCGGGAUUCUCCUAGUCUUCCAAGUCAGAGGAGUAUCCAAGUUCGUAUUCCAAGCGCCCAGAUGUAUGAGGAUAGUGACGAUGAAAAUUUCAGUGACUUUGAACAGAAUGCACCGACUAGAAACGGAAGAUUUCCUGGAUUUCAUGAUGAUAAUGAAAGUUUACCAGAUUCUAUCGGAGCUGACGCCAUGGAUAAUAAAUUUGACCAUUCAUUUGAAUUGAAAGAUGAUGAUUUUGAUCAACCCUUGGAAUCCACCCGUAAUUCUAAACCAUCUCCACCAAAAGCGAAGAAAAAAUGGCUGAGUCGUAAAUCCCCUGAAGAUCCAAGUAAUGUAUAUAAUGACGAUUCAUUUGAGUCUGACCUCUCCCCUCGGCGUGAUAAAGCAGACAUGCCAGAUAAAUCACGAACAUUUCAGUCCACCGAGGAUUAUAGUACUCGUCAGUUUCAGUCCACAGAGGAACCAGAACUCCAGCGACUCAUGAGUUCUGGAGAAAGAUCAGAGUUAUCGGAUGUGAUGAGCUCUGAAAAAUCCGCCAGAUCUCCAGUGCCAGUUACAGCCAGUAUGAAUUCUGCAAGAUUCCAGGUAAUCAACCCAAAAGCUUCACUCCAAUCACCAAUCCCAGCUCUGCGCCGUUCUCAGGUAAAGCUGGACACUUCUAUGGCUAGGCCUUCCCCAACAGGCACUCCAAGGUCACAAACUAGCUCUCGAUUUCCGACACCAAAACCGAGGAAGGUGAAUCCAAGGGAGAAACGCACUGAGCUGAAACGUGAAUCUUUACACACAGAAUCGAUCAGUUCCUACGUGCCCUCAGAUGGAGACUUUAAUCCAUCUCUGGAAAGUGAUAACUUUUCUGACGAUUUUUCUUCCCUGAGUGGUCGUGAAGAACUUAGAAAAGUGAAAGAACUUCCAAGAAUGCUUCCAUCAACAAAACUUGGAUAUACCAUCCAUUAGUCUUUACCUGAAGUACAAUGGUAAAUGUAGAGUGCACCAAGUUUUGUUUGUGCUGUAAUGUUCAUGAAAUAUCAAUAUAUACUCAAGUUGGGAUUUUGUUUAUUUACGUAUGAUAUACAAUACAUGUUCCAAACCUUUAAGAAUAGUCAGUUAAGGGUGUAUGUUAUCUUACAUUAAAGUUUUUCGCAAAGAGUUCCACACUUAAUAAUGUUAUUACAAAGGCAACCUGUGAAAUAAUAUGUUUCAUGACCCAGUAGAUUAUAUAGAACAGCAAACAUGGCACAUGAACCAGAAUUAAAAUCAAGUGCUGUAUAAGAUAACAGUAAAUAUCUUGCAGUGCUUGAUGUGGAACUCUUUCACUGGAGAUGCAUGUCACAAGAAAAUUUGUAAAGGAUGUAUGUUUGAAUUGCUGUACCCUUUACUAACUCAUUCAGGUGUAUCACAAUAAGACCUACCGGGUACAUAUGUAUUUUGUUUUGGAUAAAAACAUCUUGAUUGCAUAACAUCUACUGUCAUCAUGAUAUUUUUCAUAGUUCAACAUUGGUUAUAAAUAAUUACCCAUGCAAAUACUCGUGAAACGGCAUCUUAUUAGACUGAUAAUAAGAUACACCAUCUUAGGUAUAAAUUCUCACUCAGUAUCAUUUCUAUGGCGACAUCACCAUACAUGUGAUGAUAAACAAAUUAAGCUAUCAAUCAUCGGUGACAUUUUACUUUUAUUCCACUAUUUAAGUGAUAACACUAAAAUGAUUAGGUGAUAUCACCACUACAAGGCUAAUAACCACCUUAACUCAACAUUUAACCAACAAAUUCAAAGAUAUUUAUUUACUUCUUGUGUUAGAUAUAGCAAUACAGAAAAAAUAUGAUCUUGGAUUAACUAGUUAGAACAUAAGUAAAUUAACUGGUGUAAGGGAGAUAACCUAGUUCUGAUGCAAGGGCGAUAACCUAGUAGCUGCAGAUGUGAUAUAUAUAAAAAGAAUUAUGUAGUUGAUAUUACUUGUUAUUGUAUA